AUGAUAAUGAAAACAAAAGGUCAUAGAGAAUCUUCACAGGAUGUGGUUAAUAUGAUGAAUCUUAGAAAGUCUUCAAGAAUUGCCAAAUUAAGUUUAUCUGCUAGUCCAAAUAUUAAAGAGCUGGUACCAAAGACAAGUGAUUUUAUUGAACCAGAAUUGGCUAAACCAGGUCCAACAGGUUUUCCAAAUCUUCCUAGUAGUAAAGUUAAAAAGGAAUAUUUAUGGUCAUCAAAAUAUAGACGUCCGAGUUCAGGUUCUCGAGAGAGCACACCAGGAGAUGACACUACUGAAGUUUUGGAAAAAAUUGAAAGUACUUAUCGUGAUGGUUUAAAGAAAGAGGAAUUUGAACAAGAAAGUGAUAUUAGACAUCCUAACCAACCACGAAGGUCAAAGAGAUUAAGAGCAACUACUCCAUUGGUACCACCAAGUACUCCAAAAAGAUCCUCAUCAUCCUCAAGUUCACUUUCUUCGGGUAAGUCGCUGAAAAAGGCUAAAGUUACAUCAUCACCAAUAAAACCACCAAGAAAUAAGUUAUACAGUCUGAGUACAGUUAAAAAGGAGAAAUCUACAGAAAAAGAGAAAGAGAAAGAAACCCAAGAAAAUGAUGAUUUUUGUUCUUCAUGUGAAUUACCGGGAAUUUUAAUUUGUUGUGAAUCAUGUCCGAAAUCUUUUCAUUUCACGUGUUGUGAUCCUCCAUUGGAAGAAGCACCAGAAGAUGAAUGGUAUUGUCAAGAAUGUUAUAGUAAAAUACAUCCCCCGAUUCUAACCGAAGGAAUUUUCGGAAAACUACUAUUUGAAUUGGAGAAAACAAACCCAAAGGAAUUUAAACUACCUGUUAAAUUUCAACUUCCUAAAAAUGAAUCACAACUACAGGAGAGAAUCAAAGAUAAGAAUUGGGAUCUUGAAGCAUUGUACGAUGAAAAUGAUAAACCCUAUUUGUGCCAUUGCUGUGGUGGAUCUGGUCUUAAUAGAAGAACUUUAAUACAUUGUGACUAUUGUCCAUUGGUUUAUCAUAUUGAUUGUUUGAAUCCACCAAUGUUUGGACCCAAGACUCUCGGCGAAAAAUGGAAAUGUCCUAAUCAUAUUGAUGACUUAAUUCCAAAGGAUUUCCCUAAAAUGUUCCAAUAUAUUGAAGGUGAACAACAUCCACUCACUAAUUUUAUUGAAAUUUCCAAUGGAGGUAAUAAAUCCACAAUAUACCGUAUCCCUGAAACACUGAUACUAAUAGAUUUUAUAGAUAAAGUGGAAAAGCGUCAAGUUUUGGAUAGCAUUCAGGAGUAUGACAACCAAAGCCGUAUUGAACAAAACCCAGAAGAAUUUGAAGCUGUUGAAAACUUGAACGAGAUUAAAGAGAGACAAAAAGUAUUGAAUCUAGAUGCAUUGUUAAAAGUUGCUAAUGAUGAAAAAGUCAAACUAGAUACACAAGAAUCACUUGAUGCGGAUGAAAUCCAAGACUUGUUGAAGAUCAAAUAUUUGAUGAAACUUAAAGGUCAAGAAGCGUUAUUAAAGUUUUUACAAUCUUAA